AUGCACCAAGGGGGGCAGAUGCUGCAGCCACAUAUGGAUUUGGGGCCAAGGCCUAUGGAUCCUACACAAGCUCCAAACGUGCACAUGGCACCUCCUGAGAUUAGAAACUAUAAGAAACAGCUGUGCAUUAAUUGGCCAACCCCGGAGGGUUGCCCCUAUGGCGAACGUUGUAGAUUUGCCCAUGGGGAGGCGGAGUUGAGAAAGCAUCCCCGGUAUAGAACGACUCAGUGCAAGUACGUCUACAGCUCAAGUGGCUGCAGCCUCGGUGACCGCUGCCAUUUCUUGCAUGAUGAGGCUGGUCACCAAUAG